UAAAUUAUCAAAACUGUGGGGCGAAUAACAAAGACAAAACAACUGUUUAGUAAACAAUAGUUCAUAUAUUUUGAUUCCAAUAUAUUAUGCUAUAAAUACGUGAUUAAAAUACUUUCCUUGUUUGAUUAUUGUUUUUAAAUAUUUAAAAAAAAUCAGCUUAAUACUUAUAAAAUUAUUCACACUAUUUAAAGCAAGUCGUAGCGAUAAGACUUGCCUAUACAUAUACCUAUUAAAUAAUGAGUAAGUAUAAUCAAAAAUGUUUAUAGCAUAUAUUUCAACAAAUUAAUUUAGAGUAUACAUUUUCUUACUAAUCCAUUUGUUCAGUGAACUCUUUGUUAGAAGGCUUUUCCUUUGAGGCACAGAUUGCGAAUCGUACGCAUUUCCACACCCCAUCUUGAUCACAGGGACAUGACCUAUCCCUCGGCAGUUGAGGCGGGAAAAGAAAGCAGCUGCUUGGGCCUACCUGAGAUCAUUCUCCCUUCCCGUUCAGUCCUCAACUAGAACUCACCGGAGGAUGCCGCACUUACAGAACGUCGAGCGGGAUUUUCCCGUGCACUGGGCCCUGAAUCCCAUUCGCAUUUCCCGAAGUCUCUCCGUAAAUACUCUUUCUCUAUAUAGAAAAAUCUCGGGCAAUAUGUGGCGCUACUGCACUCAAUUCUGUCACAGUCCAAAGUUUCAGCGUUAUAUGAGAUUUCUCGAGUCCAGUCUCUGCCAGAUCUAAAGAGCAAUGAGCCAAGAAAAUGCGCAGCUGCCUCGGAUUUGCAAUCUGCGCACGUAGACGAUGCCAAAAUGUGUUAGUUAAAUUCGUGAUAGCGAGGCCCAGAGAGACGGCAGUCAACGAUCUGGGUUCGGAGAGGUUU